ACCCUGGCGCUCGUGAUUUAAACUGCUGUAAUAACAAAUCCCUCAGGAUAUCAAGAGAGUCGCUGCAUUGUAUAAUCACAAGCUAUCUAGCUGAAUGCUCGCUGUACAGCCCGAUUGCUCAUGACAUCACAUAUCAAACACUGUGAACAAAUCGCACUCCAAGCUUUCUCCAUCUGUCAGUCUGUCUGUCUGUCUCUGCAGAUUUCUGACGCUUAAAGCAGUAAGCCUCUUGUUGUUCAGAAGCCUGUGUGUGCAGAGGGAAAGGCAGCUAUGAACCUCCUCUGUGCGUAUUACUUUUUGCUCCUCUUUCCAGCUCUUGCUUUCAGUACAAGACAGAAUUAUGAAGAUCUGGAAAGAAAGCUGAAACAGAUUUCCACAGAGAAAAGUAGUCUUCUUCAGCAACUCUCAAAGUCAGCAACAGGGUUGCAAGGAAAGAAAACAAAUCUUCAGAGCUUGAAAACUGAUGAAGCAGUUGCUAAAAAUGAUGCGCAGAAACUUCUGGAGAUAAGCCAGAAGCAGAAAGAUGAAAUGAAAUCCCUGCAGGAAACCCUUCAAAAACAGAUCAAUGAGGCUGCACUGAAAGCAGAAAAACAGCAGGCUGGGAUCAACUUCUUAAAGGCUGAGCUGGAAAGGAAGACCAAGCUGAUAAAAGAUUUACAGCAAGAGAAUAAAAGUCUGAAAAACAAACUUCUGUCUGGAAACAAGCAGUGUGGCAUUCAUGCAGAGGAGUCCAAAAGAAUCCAGUCACAGCUUAAGGAGCUACGCUAUGGGAAGAAGGAUUUGAUUUUUAAGGCACAGCAACUCACUGAUCUGGAGCGCAAACUGUUAGCAGCUAAGCAGGAGUUGGAAAAGACAGCAGGUGAUAAGGAGUCCCAGCUGAAGGCUUUAAAGGAGGUGGCACAGCUCUGUGUAUCUGGGGUCCUGAAAAACCAGCCUCCCUUUAUGAGCAUCAACCCUCCUAGAACCACGGAGAAUGGAAUGGUAUUAACUAAAAACAACUCCCGACUUCCAUUUUACCAGACCAACAGGAAGCUCCCGGAUGUCUCCCAGACUGAAAAUAUCAGCUUGCCAAGGAAAGGGGCGUUCCUUAAUGAGGCCACAAGGACCAAUAAUCGAGAUUUAAUGGAUUGCAGCUCUCACAGUGCUGGGAAGAAUUGUUCUACAAGCCAAGACCAGAAUCCUCCCCCUAAGUAGGAAUACCGAAGCAAGUUCAUCUCUGCAGGUGAAAAUCUACAAUUCUUCAAGAUUGAGAAACGGAUCACAAAAAUCAGAACAAAAGUGAGGAAAUUUGUAGACUGUGGCUAUUAGUCAAGAAAAUGCAAAAUUAUAUACUGCAAAAGUGCUGCAUUUAAGACAGUAGAACAGUUUUGCAUUUAAAAUGAUUCCCUUUGCCCAUCACUUCAGCCAUUUUAGUUCAAAACAGUACAGGUGUUGUAUUCUAUGCUGAAGCAUGAUGUGUUUUUACUACAAACGAGUUAAUCUUUUUUAGAUAAAUAGAAUAAAAUUAAGGUGAUUAAAGGAGCGUAGGAGGCUAAUUAGAGCUUGGUUUUCAUUAGAAUUAAUGGCAAUAGUGAAAGAAGGCUGCAAUAAACCAUUUUUCUUAAUGAGACUGAUUCGUACUAUUAUAAUCCACAUGACAAUGAGGUCCUUGGUGUGCGCUCUGUACUGAUGCUGUCAUGAUUUUCAUGACCUCUAGUCCAUGGGAACAGUGAAAAUGCAGAUUAGUCACUGAAGUCAACAAGCAGGAAGAUUGCUAUAGGUUGAUGACAAGUUUAAAAUUAAGGGCAGAAGUUCAACCAUGAAAUGUUAAGCAAUUAGUAAGAGAGUUUAUGAUCAUUCAAGGAGCUGAUCGAAAUCAUUAAUAAAAAUAAUAGCCUCCUCCGAAUUAACUGUUUGUCACAAAGAAACUUCUGCUACCAAAGUGAUCUUCCCCAAGCAGAUGUUUUGUUGUAAAAGCAAUAAUGAAUCUAGAAGAUUUUUUUUCACUUGAGUAAAGACAUGGUCACAUGUGUUGUUUUGUUUAAAA